CGUAAGUGAUAAUUUUUAGUUGACAAAAUGAGUAAAUUACUCAGCAUUCUGAGGUUACUUGCAGUUUCGGUGCUAAUCAAUUUCGCAUCCAUCACGAUUUUGGUUAUAUUAAGGUUUAAUGAAUGGGAUGUCGCUGCCACAAUUGUAUCUUUAACAUUUAGCGUUGUUAUAAUUCUGAUCGAGUUACUAAAAACGUCACCAUCCAAUGCAACGCGUCCAUUGCUGAGACCGCUACUCGCCCUUUGUAUAGUAAUCGGAGGAGCUUCAGGUUUCUUCUGGUUCUUUCAUUUAAUACACAAACUGGGGCACUACCAAGGAGAUAUUGAAGAUACUCUUUGGACGUCAGCCACAAUUCUACUGACAUUUAUAGUAUCGAUGCAUUUGGUGGUAACCUCCUACAAAACGUCCAAGUACGUCUUGGUCGAAACGGCAGACCACGUCGAUCACGUCGAAGGUGAAAAGCACGCGUCAAUAACGCUAUGGGCGCAGCAGUAUUUCAAAAAGAAGCAAGCCAAAAAGGAUGCCGUAGAGGAAAAUCUCAACCCCGUAUGACUUUUGGUUACGUUCGUGGUUUUGCUUAAUGAUCUGAUCGAGUGUGUAUUUAUUAGUUUCGGUUUGCCGGAACGUUUAUUUUGUACUUAUUUCUACGAAAAAUAUUUAUUAUUAUUUAAUA